UAAGUUCUUCAGUUGGCCUUCCCAUAUCUACCUAUUAUUAAGUUAUCUCGAUCUCUUCAAUUGCUAGCUACCACACCUUUCUAUAUAUAUAAACUGCAAGAUCAAUCUAGUUAGCAAGCCAGCUACUACAAAAGGCGGGAGGAUCUAGCUAGCUUAAUUAAUUUCAAUGGAAUACACAAGCUUGGUUGAUACUUCUUUGGAUCUCAACUUGAAUCCUACCAAUUUCCUUUCUCUAGUUCCUAAACAAGAAGCUCAUAGCAACUUCAUUGAGCUUGGACUAAAGAUGUCAUCCUUUAAUGAUGAGCAGGCAGCAAGUGCUUUAGUAGAGGAAUUGAAUAGGGUGAGUGCAGAAAACAAGAAGCUCACGGAGAUGUUGACUGUCAUGUGUGAGAACUACAAUGCCUUGCAAAGUCAGCUUGCUGACUACAAGACCAAGAAUCCGGCGCCAUCCGACACUACUGUCAACAACAACAACAAUUUCAAGAAACGGAAACCCGAAAACCCCAUCAACAACAAUAAUAAUAAUGAUCAUCAGAGAGGAAUGAUUUCCGAGAGUAGCUCAAGCGACGAGGAUUCUUGUAAGAAACCUAGACAAGCAGCAGAUCAACAACAACACAUCAAGGCCAAGAUCUCUAGAGUUUGUGUUCGUACCGAAGCUUCCGAUACUGGCCUCUUGGUCAAGGAUGGAUACCAAUGGAGGAAAUAUGGGCAAAAAGUCACAAGAGACAACCCUUCUCCUAGAGCUUAUUUCAAAUGCUCUCAUGCUCCAACUUGCCCCGUCAAAAAGAAGGUUCAAAGAAGUGUUGAGGACCAAUCCAUCUUGGUGGCAACUUAUGAAGGGGAACACAAUCAUCCCAGCCAAUCUAAAAACGAGCAAGCAGCAGCCAGCACUGGUUUGAACCGAACGGUGGCCACCACCACGCUCGGUUCAGUCCCGUGCUCCACGUCACUCGGCUCAUCCGGACCCACAAUCACUCUAGACUUAACAAACCCCCCGCCACCUAAACCACCAACUAACCACCCAUCGUUGGAAGAAAUUACAAAGGUGGUUGGUGGUGGUGGUAACCGAAGUAGUAGAGUUGACACACCAGAAUUUCAACAGUUUUUGGUAGAUCAAAUGGCAUCCUCAUUGACUAAAGACCCUAGCUUCAAAGCAGCAUUAGCGGCAGCAAUCUCCGGUAGAAUGGCUCAACAAAAUCAUACACAAAAGUGGUAGCUGCUAUCUACUUUCCCUAGCCAUAUACAGUACGUAUAUAUGAUGAUGAGAUGAUGCAUGUCGUAGCUAGAAUGAUAUACCACAUGGUUAAACAAAAAACAAAGAAAGCGCUAGCUAGCUAGCUAGCUAGUGGCAGGCCGGAAGCUUCUAUCUCAAAUCAUAUAUAUCAUAUAUAUAUAUAUGAGCAUAUAUAUUAGGAGCGAAAAAAUGUACCCAAAUUGUACUGGAUUGGAUUAAUUGGCUCAACUAGCUAGCUCAAACCAACUAUACUUUGAAAUUGUUCAUACAAAAGAUUGAGAUAA